AUGGAAAAUAAUACUGCUGAAUUUAAUAAUUCUAAUAUUACAACUACUAUUAAUGAUGAUACUUCAGAAUCUACCAACGACUCAAGCACCAUCAUCACCACCAUUGAUAAUGAUAAUAACAGAAAAAACAGCAUAUCGUCAAAUUCAAACGACUACAAUUCCAGCGUAAAAACCACAUCUUCUUCUUCUAGUAAUACACCAUUAUCGCCAAAAACCUUUUCUUCAAUGAUUUCAUCACCAUCAUUGUCAUCAACCAAUUCAUUGAUAAGUGAUUAUAAUAAUGAUUAUAAUGAUAUUUACGAAAUAAUUAAAAAUAAAACCAUUAAAGAUGAUGAUACGGUGUCAACUAUGUCAAUUGGAACAUGUGGUACGCAACGUACAAUUAAUUUAAAACUUGCGGAUUUGAUAAAAGAAAAUCAAAGAAUAGAGAAGGGUGAUGAUGGUGAUGCAAUAGGGGAAGGGUAUGUAGGAUAUGAGGCUGAUGGAAAUAAUUUAAAAAUAGAAUAUUCCCAAAAUAAAUCACAAGGAUUUUUUGGAGAAGUUGAGAAAGAAGAUAUGAAAGUGGAAUUGGACGAUGCAGGAGUUUUUGAUUUUGACGAUGAUAGUAUAUCGAUGAUCAAUGAUAAUACUAGAGCAAAUACAAUAGAAGCGGGGAUAAAGGAGAAACAAGAAUGCUUGCUCACAUGGGUGAAAUUAUUAUGGCCACAGCCAAAAUUACCAACUACAAAACAAGCUAUAGAUACUGGAGUGGUGUGUAGAAGCUUUAAUAAUACAAUGGUAGUUACAGCAGAAGUUACUGGUACCAAAUAUCUAAGUCCUAAUGAAAAAAGAAAACAACGAUUAAACGAAAGGAAUACGUAUUGCACACCGAAAAUUGUAACCCACUUGUACGAUCCAAGAGAAUUUUUAUUAAUUCAUUGUCCAAGUUAUAAGAACCCGCCCAGUUACAACAACGAUCCAAGAAAUCCGUGGGAUCACUCGUUCAUCCUUGAAAAAGUGUUACCAAAGAUAACGGCAGAAAGUAUUCAAGUACAAGAUCAACCCGGAUUAUUCGUAACUGUCAAAGAAACACUCAUGAGAGGUUUGGAUACGUAUUAUAUCUAUGAGUGCAAGAAAUGUAUGUUUCGUGGCUAUGUCAGUACUUUUAAUUAUGACGGUAUUCGUCGUCAUAUAAGUAAGAGUCAUAGGGAUGUUGUUGCUGUGGUGGAUGAGUUAAUUAGAGUGAAUCCGAAAGAAUACGUGAUAGCGUUUGCACAAAAUUUACCACCUAAAAUAAAAUUACCGUAG